AUGUCUGUCACUGCAGAUAUCGCCCCUCCUAUUUUAAGACUGACCACCCUGAUGGCAUACAAAGAGAAGCUGCUUGGAGUCACGCUUUUACUUGCAAUCUUAAUCGUGGUUCAGUUCCAACGGAUCAGAACGGCAAUUUCGUUCUUGAUUCGACGCAUUCAAGGCCUCUUGUAUCUUUUCUUUGGCCCCGAGAUUAUCGAUCAUGCAUAUAAGCAGGCCAAGGGGAAAACCUUCAAAGUUUCCACUCCAUCCAACGACCAUCUUCUCAUCACGUCUACCGCUCUUAUCAGGGAGCUCAUAAAUGCGCCACUGCAGCACUUAUCGCUACAUGCGGUAGCUAAAGAGAGAAAGCAGAUUCUGCAGCCCAAGUACACAAUGUGCGGUUUUGAGUUGCACGAUAACCGUGGAAUUGAAGGCACGGGAUAUGUCCGUGCUCUCCGAAGCCUUCUUACUUCCCACCUCCCGAAAUUCCAACCCGAUCUAGAGCGUAUCAUGAAGGAUGCUCUGGAAGCUGGGCUGAGCGAGGUCCGACCAGACGGCUUUGCGCAUGUGAAAAUUUUCCCUUUUAUGAAGACUCUUGUCACUAGAGUCAACUGCUUCGUCUUCUUUGGUGAAGAGCUCUCCCAAAACACCGAAUUUACCUCAGCAGCUUUAGAGUUACCUCAAGCAGUCGUCUUUGCGGCAGAGCUUUUGCGCAUAACCCCGGAAUUCAUGCGGCCAUUGGUAGCAUCCAUAGCUACAAAUCGACACAGAGCCGCGAGAAGGAUCUACCACUAUCUGGUGCCAAUUAUUGAGCAGCGACUCGCAGUUAGAGAACUUCAGUCUUCUAACGAGGCUACACCUACGGACUGCAUGCAGUGGCUGAUUGACACGUCGCCUCGCAAAAACCUCUGGACGCCUGCGAAAAUAGCAGGAGAAAUUAUGGCGGUUUGGUUUGGAUCAGUUCAUCAAUUGGCCAUACACGCUGACGCCGUUGAUUGUUGCUUUAUCAAGGAAUCAGUUCGCAGCAGCAACUUCGAUGCCAUUACGUGUCGACGCAAGGCUCUCGUCCCGUAUACUUUUCAAGACGGUUCAUCCAUCAAUAAAGGCGACUGGGUAUGUGUCCCCCAACGGGCCAUGAUGCAAGACAAUACAAGAUACAGAGAUCCGCAGAUAUUCGAUGGCUUCAGAUUCGCGCGUGCCAAUGUCCAACUACAGCAGCACAGGCAAUCUGCUGACGUGCCUGAUCAGCGGGAGUCCAAAUUUACUGACACCAGCCCCGAUUGGCCAAUAUGGGGAAUUGGAAAUGCGGCUUGCCCCGGCCGCUUCUACGCUUCGCUAGUGACCAAGCUCAUCUUGAUCCACAUCUUGGAGGAUUGGGAAUGCAAGAUGCCGGAUCCUGAAGCACCAAGAUCCAUGACCUGGAGGUCGAGCAUCGUGCCCCGGAGCAGCACUAUCAUCAUGCUCCGCAAGAAGGAGCUUCAGUGA